CAACAUGGCGGCGCCGUGGGGCCGCGGCGUAGCUUCCUGACGGGGCGGCGCGGACGGACGCGGCCGGUGCUGGCCGGGACGCCGGGCCCGCAACCUCUCUCGCCCGCUUGCUCGCGCCGCCCGCCCGCGGGGCUGCCAGCCCCCGCCGGGCCGGGGCCAUGCAGGAGAGCCAGACCAAGAGCAUGUUCGUGUCCCGGGCCCUGGAGAAGAUCCUAGCCGACAAGGAGGUGAAGCGGCCCCAGCACUCCCAGCUGCGCAGGGCCUGCCAGGUGGCGCUCGAUGAAAUUAAAGCAGAAAUAGAAAAGCAGAGGCUUGGCGCUGCCGCACCACCAAAGGCGAACUUCAUUGAAGCUGACAAGUAUUUCCUUCCGUUUGAGCUAGCUUGCCAGUCCAAGUCCCCACGGGUGGUCAGCACGUCCCUCGACUGCUUGCAGAAACUCAUCGCAUAUGGGCACAUCACUGGCAAUGCCCCUGACAGUGGAGCCCCGGGGAAGCGGCUCAUCGACAGGAUCGUUGAAACCAUUUGCAACUGUUUUCAGGGCCCUCAGACCGAUGAAGGAGUUCAGUUACAAAUAAUUAAGGCUCUUCUGACAGCGGUGACAUCCCCACACAUUGAAAUUCAUGAGGGCACUAUCCUGCAGACAGUCAGGACAUGUUACAAUAUCUAUUUGGCCAGCAAAAAUCUCAUCAAUCAAACCACUGCCAAGGCUACCCUCACUCAGAUGCUGAACGUCAUUUUCACGCGCAUGGAAAACCAAGUGUUACAGGAGGCCAGAGAAUUGGAAAGAUCAAUCCCAUCAAAACCCCAGUCCCCUGUGAUCCAAGCUGCAACAGUGUCCCCAAAGUUCAGUCAUCUGAAGCAGAGCCAGGCACAGAGCAAACCAACGACUCCCGAAAAGACAGAUUUAACCAACGGCGAACAUGCCAGCAGUGGUUCUGGAAAAGCGAGCUCAGAAAAUGGAGAUGCACCCAGAGAAAGAGGCGCAUCACUAUCAGGGACUGAUGACGGGGCCCAGGAGGUGGUGAAGGAGAUCUUAGAAGAUGUGGUCACAUCUGCUGUUAAAGAAGCAGCACAGAAGCGCGGCCUGACAGAACCCGAGCAGGUCCUGGGUGAACUGGAGUGCCAGGAAGGUGCUGUUCCCCCAGCAGCUGAUGAAAAUUCCCAGACCAACGGGAUAGCAGACGACAGGCAGUCCUUGUCGUCAGCGGAUAAUCUGGAAUCAGAUGCACAGGGACAUCAAGUGGCUGCUAGGUUCUCUCACAUUCUGCAGAAGGACGCCUUCCUGGUGUUUCGCUCGCUUUGCAAGCUGUCCAUGAAACCCCUUGCUGAAGGCCCCCCAGAUCCAAAAUCCCACGAGCUGCGCUCCAAAGUGGUUUCCCUGCAGCUGCUCCUCUCCGUCCUGCAGAACGCUGGCCCGGUCUUCAGGACUCACGAGAUGUUCAUCAACGCGAUCAAGCAGUAUCUUUGCGUGGCGUUGUCCAAAAAUGGCGUCUCUUCAGUGCCUGAUGUCUUUGAACUCUCUCUUGCCAUUUUUCUUACUCUUCUUUCAAACUUCAAAAUGCACUUGAAAAUGCAAAUAGAGGUCUUUUUCAAAGAGAUUUUCCUGAACAUUUUAGAAACAUCAACAAGUUCUUUUGAGCACAGGUGGAUGGUCAUUCAGACUUUGACAAGGAUCUGUGCAGAUGCCCAGUGUGUUGUAGAUAUUUAUGUCAACUACGACUGUGAUUUAAACGCUGCUAACAUUUUUGAGCGCCUUGUGAAUGAUUUGUCCAAAAUCGCUCAGGGAAGAAGUGGACACGAGCUAGGAAUGACUCCUCUGCAGGAGCUCAGUCUGAGGAAGAAAGGUUUGGAGUGCCUCGUGUCCAUUCUCAAGUGCAUGGUGGAAUGGAGCAAAGACCUGUAUGUGAAUCCCAACCACCAGACCAGCCUCGGUCAGGAGAGGCCCACAGAUCAGGAACUGGGGGAUGGGAAAGGCCUUGACAUGGCCAGACGGAGCAGUGUGACGUCCAUGGAGUCCACGGUGUCCUCGGGGACCCAGAUGGCUGUCCAGGAUGAUCCGGAGCAGUUUGAGGUCAUCAAACAACAAAAGGAGAUUAUCGAACACGGCAUCGAGCUCUUCAACAAGAAACCCAAGAGGGGCAUCCAGUUUCUCCAGGAGCAAGGCAUGCUGGGAACAUCAGUUGAAGACAUUGCCCAAUUCCUGCAUCAGGAGGAGCGCCUUGAUUCUACCCAAGUAGGUGAUUUUCUGGGAGACAGCACAAGGUUCAACAAGGAAGUGAUGUAUGCCUACGUGGAUCAACUUGACUUCUGCGAAAAGGAAUUUGUGUCAGCCCUGCGGACGUUUCUAGAAGGUUUCCGUCUGCCUGGGGAAGCCCAGAAGAUUGAUCGAUUAAUGGAGAAAUUUGCUGCGAGAUACAUAGAAUGCAACCAGGGGCAAACCCUGUUUGCUAGUGCUGACACUGCAUAUGUCCUAGCGUAUUCAAUUAUCAUGCUAACCACCGACUUGCACAGCCCUCAGGUAAAAAAUAAAAUGACAAAAGAACAAUACAUUAAAAUGAAUCGGGGUAUCAAUGAUAGUAAAGAUCUCCCGGAAGAAUAUCUCUCGAGCAUCUACGAAGAAAUAGAAGGCAAGAAAAUUGCCAUGAAAGAAACAAAGGAGCAUACGAUCGCAACCAAAUCUGCUAAGCAGAGUGUAGCUAGUGAAAAACAGAGACGGCUGCUGUACAACCUGGAGAUGGAGCAGAUGGCCAGAACGGCCAAAGCGCUGAUGGAGGCCGUGAGCCACGCCAAGGCCCCGUUCACCAGUGCCACUCACUUGGACCAUGUCCGCCCGAUGUUCAAACUGGUGUGGACGCCGCUGUUGGCAGCCUACAGCAUCGGACUGCAGAACUGUGACGAUACGGAGGUAGCCUCCCUGUGUUUGGAGGGCAUCCGAUGUGCAAUCCGGAUUGCCUGCAUCUUUGGAAUGCAGCUGGAACGAGAUGCUUAUGUUCAGGCUCUUGCUCGCUUCUCCCUGCUGACGGCCAGCUCCAGCAUCACAGAAAUGAAGCAGAAAAACAUCGACACCAUAAAGACGCUCAUAACAGUGGCGCACACCGAUGGCAACUACCUUGGGAACUCCUGGCAUGAGAUCUUGAAGUGCAUCAGCCAGCUGGAGCUCGCUCAGCUGAUAGGAACCGGGGUGAAAACGCGCUACCUGUCUGGAUCUGGGCGUGAAAGAGAAGGGAGCCUGAAGGGCCACACGUUGGCGGGAGAAGAGUUCAUGGGCCUUGGCCUUGGUAAUUUGGUGAGUGGUGGAGUGGAUAAAAGACAGAUGGCCAGCUUCCAGGAAUCAGUUGGUGAGACCAGCUCGCAGAGUGUGGUUGUAGCUGUAGACAGAAUUUUUACUGGAUCUACCAGACUGGAUGGAAAUGCCAUAGUUGACUUUGUCCGCUGGCUGUGCGCCGUGUCCAUGGACGAGCUGGCUUCCCCGCACCACCCCCGCAUGUUCAGCUUGCAGAAGAUUGUGGAGAUAUCGUACUACAACAUGAACCGGAUCCGGCUGCAGUGGUCCCGGAUAUGGCAUGUGAUUGGAGAUCACUUCAACAAGGUUGGCUGUAACCCCAACGAAGACGUGGCGAUCUUCGCUGUUGACUCCUUAAGGCAACUCUCUAUGAAGUUUCUCGAGAAGGGAGAAUUAGCCAACUUCCGUUUCCAGAAAGAUUUUCUGAGGCCCUUUGAGCAUAUCAUGAAGAAAAACAGGUCUCCAACCAUCCGGGACAUGGUGAUCCGCUGUGUUGCGCAGAUGGUGAACUCCCAAGCAGCCAACAUCCGCUCGGGCUGGAAGAACAUCUUUGCUGUGUUCCACCAGGCAGCCUCAGAUCACGACGGGAACAUUGUGGAGCUGGCCUUCCAGACCACGGGCCACAUCGUCACAACUAUCUUCCAGCACCAUUUCCCUGCAGCCAUCGAUUCCUUUCAGGACGCUGUGAAGUGCUUGUCGGAGUUUGCCUGCAACGCGGCCUUCCCCGACACGAGCAUGGAGGCCAUUCGACUCAUCCGCUUCUGUGGGAAAUACGUCUCUGAGAGGCCUCGGGUGCUACAGGAAUACACCAGCGAUGACAUGAAUGUGGCUCCUGGCGACAGGGUCUGGGUCCGAGGCUGGUUCCCCAUCCUGUUUGAGCUCUCCUGCAUCAUUAACAGAUGCAAGCUAGAUGUUCGGACAAGAGGACUCACGGUCAUGUUUGAGAUCAUGAAGAGCUACGGUCACACCUUUGAAAAGCACUGGUGGCAGGACCUGUUCAGAAUCGUGUUCAGGAUUUUUGACAAUAUGAAACUCCCUGAGCAGCAGUCGGAGAAAUCUGAGUGGAUGACGACAACUUGCAAUCACGCCCUCUAUGCCAUCUGUGACGUGUUCACCCAGUUUUACGAAGCUCUGAAUGAAGUACUUCUUUCUGAUGUGUUUGCACAGUUGCAGUGGUGUGUGAAACAAGAUAAUGAGCAGUUGGCUCGGUCAGGUACCAAUUGCUUAGAAAACUUAGUCAUAUCCAAUGGGGAGAAAUUCAGCCCGGACGUCUGGGAUGAGACGUGCAUUUGUAUGCUGGAUAUCUUCAAAACCACCAUCCCACACGUCUUGCUGACCUGGAGACCUGCAGGAAUGGAGGAAGAUUCGUCAGAAAAACAUUUGGAUAUGGAUCUGGACCGCCAGUCUCUAAGCAGCAUAGAUAAGAACGCCUCUGAGAGAGGCCAGAGCCAACUCUCUAACCCGACCGAUGACAGCUGGAAAGGUAGACCUUAUGCAAAUCAGAAACUGUUUGCCAGCCUCCUCAUCAAGUGUGUGGUCCAGCUGGAAUUGAUACAGACCAUCGAUAACAUUGUGUUCUACCCUGCAACAAGCAAGAAGGAAGAUGCAGAGCACAUGGUUGCUGCCCAGCAAGACACACUGGAUGCAGAGAUCCACAUAGAAACAGAGGAUCAGGGCAUGUACAAGUGCAUGUCUUCCCAGCACCUCUUCAAGCUGCUGGACUGCCUGCAGGAGUCCCACUCAUUCUCAAAGGCCUUCAACUCCAAUUAUGAGCAACGCACUGUCCUGUGGAGAGCAGGUUUUAAGGGCAAAUCUAAACCUAAUCUUCUAAAGCAAGAAACCAGUAGCCUGGCCUGUUGUCUGAGGAUCCUGUUUCGGAUGUAUGUUGAUGAGAACCGCAGGGAUUCCUGGGAGGAAAUACAGCAGCGACUUUUAACCGUGUGCAGUGAGGCCCUUGCCUACUUCAUCACCGUGAAUUCCGAGAGCCAUCGGGAGGCCUGGACAAGUCUUCUCUUGUUACUUCUCACAAAAACCCUCAAAAUAAACGAUGAAAAGUUUAAAGCACACGCUUCUAUGUACUACCCCUACUUGUGUGAAAUUAUGCAGUUUGACCUGAUUCCUGAGCUCCGAGCAGUUCUGCGCAAGUUCUUCCUGCGGAUAGGUGUUGUCUAUAAGAUAUGGAUUCCGGAAGAGCCAUCCCAGGUACCAGGGACACUGUCCCCAGUGUGGUAGCCCCGGUCGCUGCAGGCCACUGCUGCAGCUCUGCAGAUCGCUCAUGCCACCUCUGCCCGGCACAGCCCGUGGAGGGGCAGAUCGUAGAAACGGAGUCGGCAUCUGGGAGCUCAGAAUGGCCUGGAGGAAGUUGGCCUCAACGCGGGUCCCAUCAGUCCCUGGCUGAGACGUGCUGUUCCAUUAAAGUGUUGCAUACCCAGUUACCACAGUAGGUGGGGAGUCCGUUUCAUCUCCGUCAUUCCAUCUUCCUGGCUAGACUGUCAAGCCUGUCGCCGCACACGCACCAUUUCCUAGCAGAGUCCCGUGAUCGGCUGUACGUGUUCUGUCGGAGGAGGUUGCUCUCCUUGAAAAUACUGAACAUAGCUGUAGAGGUUCAUGAUUAUUAGAGAGUAUGUUAAUAAAAUUUCUUGUAACGGCUAAACGCCACCUAAAAUAUGCUGGAUUUUUUGUCGUCGUUUGAGUGUGUUGGAGAAUUUUGAAUGUUUUUGUCAGUUGUGAGUCAGCUGUAGUUAGAUUAGUUUGGAGAAAGUGGGGGAGAAGGGUUGUUUUUGUUUUGUUAACGUCUGAGUGAUUUUUAAAGUACUUUAUGAAAAGCUAUUAUUGAAGAUUUCACUGAAAGCAGAGUUUAGUAAUUAAGUUAGAAUUAAGAGCUUGCAAGGUUAAAAGAUUUAAAAAGGUAGUGCCUCCUGGCCCUCCCUGUUUUUGUAACCUGGGGAGAAAAAGUCUAUAGGAAAAAGUAAAAAAUGUAAUGAAGACGAUUAGCCUUCCUUGGAAGUAAGUAUUUGUGGAUGGGUAUGAAAAUUUCCAAAAUAGAUUGUCCAUCUCACACCCUCUGAUCUAAUAUAUGAAGUGGUAACAAAAAUGAAGUAAUUUAACAGUUAAUUUAUAUUUGAGUAAACCUUUUAUUUUUACCUCAGAAUAGUGAGUUCAGUGUCCCUGCUUUUGCACAGUCCCCAUUCAGGGGUGUUCAGAGAGGGAUGGCGGCUGUGUGGGAGAAGGGCCACCUGCGAAACUCCCCAGCCACGUGUCAUGAGUCCUUGACCCCGAGUCAGCCUGUGCUGUGGUGGGGCCAGCUCAGCUGAACCGUGACCGUGGCGGGAGAUGGCCUGUGCCCAGGUGCCAGAAUUCGAGCCUCGGAACUGCAUUCUUUGGAAGGGUUGGCUUCUGGGGGCCCUUAUUGUGUUAACAAAGGUGCAGUAGUCUUAACUGGAGUUAGGACUGAAUCCUGAUGCAGCAGCUUCUGUAAAAGAUUGUGGCAAAUGGGGGCCUGACGCCUGCAGGCGGUCUGGUCUGGUCGGAAGGUGGAUUUACUCUGGGUCGUUGAGGAAGAGCGCAUGCACUUGACCCCGCCCCCUCACCCAGGGCUCCCCAGAGCCGCGCUCCCCGUGGAAGCAGUGUUACAGAGUCAUAACACACCCAGACUCCGCCUGUGCCCUUCAGUCCUGGAAACUGGGUUGUAUUGAUGUCAACUCUGGUGCCUUAGAAGUUAGCAAGUUGGGAACCUAUCUAAAAUCGGAUUAUUUUUUUCUUCAUAGAGAAGGAUUUCUGGUGCUUUUGUUUCCUAAGAAACUGAGUUCUUAAAUUUGUUUGUUUUACAGCCUUGAGGAAUGUUUGGUUUGGGCCGGCAGU